AGAAUUUUGUCAUACAAAGCAAAGCACUCUAGUCUUCGUGUGAACGAGGGAAAUUUGCUAAGAAGUCGUUUGUUGCGCAUGGGAUUUCCGCUCUGAUUGUCGAUACCAAGUCCAAUCAAUGUCUGAAAGAAGGUAAGUGUGUGUCUUAUACGUCCAUGCUUGUUUGAAAGCUGUUAUCAGUGGCAAUUGUUGUGUUGUAUUUUCAUCGAGACACCCUGGCUCCGCAAAGUCUCACCACCGCUUUUGUGAUUUCUUCUCGCGUUUUUUAACAAAAUUCCCGCUUAGAGAUUAUUCUGUGGAGCGUGAUUGAUAAAUUAUUAAAUUAUAUCGUGAAUUGAAACGCUUUCAAGCCUCAUGAAGCGAGAUAUAGGUUACAACCGGGGCCUCCACUGUUAACGUUGCGUGCUCCGUCGCUAGACUAUCUUUUCUUCAUGCCUUUUCUUUCUGGAGUAAUUCGCUGGCGCCAGCCGGCUUAAAACGAUCUUUAGCUAGCUAGUAUCAAUCUUGCCUUUGAAAACUACUCACUUGCUGUACCAAUCCUGCCUUUUAAAACUCCUGACUUGCUUUCUUGCUUUCUCUUGAUGUUCUCUUGAGGUUAUUUUGAGUCUUUCCCCGUUUUGGUUUAUCACUCGAAAUCGCGCGCGUUUCCGGAAUGUAAACCAUCCUUCAAUGAGUUUUCCGGACAAAAUUAUUUAAUAAUCCGAUUCGAUAUUGAUUUGCGUCUUCUUUAAAGCAUAAUACCAGAGUUUAUUGUCAUGGCGUUUAAAAUCUUUGCAGAUAAAUAAAGCCUGUUUCCCGAAAUGGAGGAUUCCGCAAGUCUAGUGGCUUUGGUUUUAACGACUUUGUUCUUGAUCCCGAGGCAAGGUAAAUUUUGAAAUUAUUUCAAGUUGUAGCUUUAUGACAAUAGCGUAUUGAGCAGGCGUACCUCAGUGAAUGGUAGACUGUCUUUAUGCAGUUGUUCAGAUCAGAGAGAUUUAAUUUUAUUACAGGCAAUAAGUCGCUGGGUGUUUGACAAACGGAAAUGCUUCAAAGAAUGGUGUCGGAAAACGGGGCUACCUUCAAAGUAAAGGAGAUUUUUCAGGAUUUGUGUUAAUUCUGGAACAUUUUGGUACUGGAUAUCCCUUUUGCCAUCAAUACACCAGCCUGUGUGCCGAUCACUGAUUAUCACGGUUCAUUAAUCGCAAACCUUGGUGACACGAGAAUCUAUUGUGGAAAAUCAAUCGAUUAUCAUAGAAGAAUGAAAAAUUGUCAUUGACAAAUGCAAAUAUUAAAACUUUUGCGUUGUCUUUACAAUGGCCUUAAAAUGCAGCUACAAUCUUUAUAUUUAAUGACCCUUUUCUGUACAUUUUGUAAGUUUUUUUUGCAUUCUAAUACAUGGCACAACAUCGUACUCUCUAUAGGUUAGACUUAUGUCUGACUAAAGGCUGGUUUUCACUAGUGAUGAAGUCGGAGUCGGAGUCGUAAGCGGAGUCAUAAGAGCGCUUAUGACCUAGUGAAAAUCAAAAAUUGGAUUCGUAAGCGGAGUUGUAAGCAGAGUCAUAUGCGCGACGGAAUCGUAGUCAGAGGAAUCAGUACGUUUCCAUUUUCUUCCGACUCCGCUUAUGACUCCGUCGCUUACGUUCCGCUUAUGAUCUAGUGAAAACCAGAUUGUCGGAGUCGGAAGCAGAAGCAGAGGGAUAAAUCAAUCACAAUGCACAUUCCCAUGCUUUGUGAUUGGUUUUGUUCUUCUGCUUCUGCUUCCAACUCCGACAAUCUGGUUUUCACUAGAUCAUAAGCGGAACGUAAGCGACUGAGUCAUAAGCGGAAUCAGAACGUUGUCUUCUACGCUUCUGAUUAUGACUCUGACUCCGUCGCUAGUGAAAACCAGCCUUAAGGGGCUGUUUGCAUGGAGGGACUGGGAGGAAGGUCCAAGCACCAGGAAGAUCCUAGAAUGUGAAUCAUUCUUGGGCCAUAUGUUUUCUGUAUUCAGUUUACAUUUGUCCUUAGUGCUAGGAUCUUCCUAGCUGAAUAGUAGGAAGAUCUUAGCAUCACGUAAACUGCCUUUGCUAGGAAGAUCCUGGUACACUUACAGGUCAUUUCACUACAAAGUGGUUUCACUGAAAAAUGAAGUCAAUUCGCUGCAAAGUCAUUUCUCGGCAAGUUGUUUUGCUGCAUCAUGUUCAGAUGGCCCUGCAAUUGACAUUUUAAAAUGUAUAACACUGUUUUAAAGACACUUAGAAUUAACUAACAAAUGGAUAAUACUAAGCAGAUAAUUACCAUUUCACUGAAAUAAUCAAAAAUUAAAUGAACACCACCAAACUUUGGAGCAUUUUUCAGCGGCAAUUUGUUUUUAAUUAUUAUUAAUACGGGUGGUCUCAUAUUGGGUAAUCCUCAAACUGGCUGUGGGCAUAAAUUUGUAUUGGAAUUCAGGUGAAAGAUAUAAAGAAGAUAAUACUUGCUGGGAUUUUCAAUAUACACUCUACCUUAUUUCUUGGUUUGUUGUUGCUUGCUGUGUGGUUAUUUUCCCAAUCCGCUGCAACUUAAGCAAUUUCCUGUACCCCGUAGUUUCCACUACUAAAGAAAGGACAAGGCCAGAGGAGGAUCGAAUAGUAUCCCAUGAUGCAUUUUUCCAGAAGCAUCACGCAAUAUCGCAGUCAUAGCAGAUUCCAUCGUGAAAUAAGGUCGUUUUUUCGUCGGCUUUUUUCUCAUUCGAUUUCCAGUAAAAGUAAAAAAAUUACAUUAUUUCGUUAUUUGACAUGAUUUCUCCGAUUUGCAAUGGCUUAAGAGCGAAGUUUCCAAUUAGAAACAUUUAUUUUCACGGUUUCAAUUAGUCGUCCCAUCACAAAGUGUUCAGUGACCCACAACCAGGUCAUGAAUAUUCAAGGUUUUUUGGAAUAUAUGUUGAAAUCUUACAAAUGUGGACCUCACGCCAGCAAAAUGAAGUCCUGAAUAUUGUACAGGCCAAGAAGUACCCAGAAGUACCCACAUUUUGAAGACUUUUUUGUCGACCAAAGGUGGCUGAAAUUUCGAAUCUUUUAUCACAUUUCAACGCCAUGUGUCAUAAUAUAUGUGUAAAGCCUGAUGAAGGCUACAAUCUGUUGGGCGCUUUUGAGAGCCCUUUAUGCCGAAGCAAUCAUUUUGUAUUUUCAAAGAGGUUAUUUUUAAAAGGAAUUUGACUAUAAUUAUUUUAAUUCGAAGAAGGAGCGGUGUAUAACGGUGUGUUUCAGUGUGAAAAGAACCCAAAGAAAGGAACCACGCAGCAUGCAAGCCGGCACAACGUAAACUGAAGCCUGCUCAGAAUUUGAAAAAAAAACAUCAUGCAGAAACUUUAUUUAUUCAAAAGAACAGAUCAGUAUUCUGGCCAGGAAAUUUCCUUGAAGAUUGCUUGAGUCAGUACCGGGUAGACUGUGCUUCAGAGAAUUGUUUGUCGCAUCGAUAGGUUAAAUUUUAUUUGUAACUGCCAUUGUAAACUUCAGCUCCUUUGAGCGAUGCUGUAAUAAAUAAUCCUUUGGUAAUUAGCUUCACAGCGUUGCGGAUGUUUUGUUGGAACCACUUUAUAGAUCAGUCAUAGUUUUGGUUCUCCUCUGGCCUGGGGUUCUCCUAGUGAACCUAGCGAAGCUUAUCAAUUCUGUAGUCUUAUAAUUUGUGUUUACAGUGCGACCCGGCCUUGGCACAAGUAGUUCUCGACAGAUCAGUGAAAUACAUGUAAAACCCUUCUCAGUCAAAGCAACGCUGAAAUUCUCCUUUAAAGCACAGUGAAUAUUAGCCAACUCGAUAAUGUCAAAAGCAGAAGCUGCUGAACCGAAACAUGUUUGGAAACCAUCCACAUCGAGCACUGCGAUCGAUGUUCACUUCGCGCGUGCAGAAGAUUACUGAUCAUGAUGUGUCAUGUACGCAGUGAUAAUAUAACAUGAAUCGAGGUGCAUCAUGGGAUACUAUUCGAUCGUCGUCUGGGACAAGGCUAAACUCUCGCAAUCUGGACAGCCGGUCAGAUGACGCGAAAAAGUCCAGGUUAAAAUCUCCCCACAUUCAGAGCCCUUGAAAAGUGUAAACACAGGAUAAAAUAUGAUUGAAAUAAUAUUAUUCUGUUACAAGGUUUUUGUCCACUGAAAAUUAAAAUUACUCAAUUUCCUACUGGAUGUCGUCUUAAUUAUUUUCAAUUACACUUUGUCUGAUUUUGAGAAUGAUAAUUAUUCUCAAAGUGAUGAAAAAAAGGUAUUAUUUUUGAGCAUUUUCAGUACUAGUAGUCAGCGGUUGGUGAACAUGUGCUUUCCUGGUAGUGUGUUACAAUGUUCACAUGAUUCAGUGGCUUGUUGAGUUUUCCUUCAUGCUGUAUUGUUCAUGCCUCAAGGUUUCUUCAGCCAAUUCUCUUCCUCCUUCCCCUCCCUGUGGUUUUUUCUUCACCGUGUGAUGGGUGCCUGUAUGUUCCUGUUUCGCGUGGUGGCUCAUGCUGGGUAGUGCCGGCGUUCUAGCCAUGGGGGUGUCAGCCAAUCUAGGGGCUGGCUACCAACCUCCAUUUUAGUGAUGUAGUUGUUAAUGUACAUGUUAUGGACAGUUCAGUCAAUUUGAAAAUAUAAAUGUAAUGAUGAUUUGCAAGUGUCUUUCUUUUUUCAGGGUUUUGCCAGGAUGGAACAGGGUUGGUCUGUGACUCCUACCACCAUGGUAAAGGAAUCAUAAGAGAAGGGAAUGAAACAUGUGAAAGUCCGGGGGAAAGGUGUUUUGUUUUGUGGCGUGAUUUGAAGAAUGAAAGAAAUGAGACGCUACAUAUAAUUAUAAAGAAAGGUUGUUUUCUGGUCUCGCCUGCUAAUCCACUGGAUCAUUGCCAAGAUGAUUGCAUUCAGAAUCAUGAAUUGGCAUUCAAGCACGAGAAUGUGUCAGGCAUUUGCUGCUGCAAUAUUGAUAUGUGCAACGUAAACUUUACUUCUGUUCCCUAUGUAAUGAAUGAGACAACUACAGCUCCUACAACAACUCAUGGUAUGUUUAUUCUGAGGGGUAGUCCCUACUGUGCUUUGCAGAAGUAAUCUAACCUCUGCUACAUGUAGUUGUGUAUGCAAAGCACUGCCGAGAUCCUUGGUCUGGGAGCCCAACAGAGUCGACAAAUCACCAGAAGUUUGUUUUGAAUUUCCUUCCAACCUGAUUGGCAAAUCGACAGUGGCAUUUUAAACAGGCCAAUUGUGGUGUGUACUCAAUUCCUGGUUCACAGAUGAGGCCCAGAAUAAGGUUUUAAGUGCUGGUUUGCAGAUGGACUUAACCAGAGGUUUAGUUUUGUCUGCAUCAUGGGCUAGUUAUUCCUCUGAAUUCCUUACAUAGGGACUUAAAUUUCAUACAUGUCCCAACAGUAUUACAAAGUGCAUCAAGUCUGAGCUUGACUUUUAGCAAAUUUACAGGGGUUUCAAUAAGGGCUAGGCACCAGGCAAAGUGACCAGCUGCAUAGACAAUUUUGCCUGCUGCCUGUGAAAAUCUCAAUGAAAAGAAAAAAUAUAACAAUUUUCUGGAUGCCAAAUCCAGAUACCCUUCUGCUCCAAACCUUAAUGAACCCCUGAUUUGAGCAGCCUGUAAAAAUACAUGUAUAAAUUUGACAUUCAUUUUUUCGGGCUCCCAUGAUAAAUUUUUUUUGGUGUUGCUACAGAUGAUUUAUUACAUCUUUAGCCCUUGAAAAAUGUAAGAAAGAAUGCAAUAUGCGUGAAAUAAUUGUUCUGGUUCAAGAUUUUUGUCCACUGAAAAUCAAAAUUACUCAAUGUCCUGGUGGAUUUUGCUUAAUAUACUUGCUGCUUUGCAAAGAUUUUGUAAAAUUUGAUCUGAUCAGAAGUGUAUUAGUAGCCUGUGAAAACAUCUGUUUCUCCUCGCUCUUCGCUGCUGGGGAUGUUUCGCGUGGAGGAAUGUCUGCGACUCAGCGACAGAAAUUUCAUACUGAUGACGUAAAAUCUGUCCAGAAUCCGGUCAGAAGUGCUGAUUGGUCGACGGAGUAGUUACAUUGUUUUAGCUAUUGUUUACAAAUGACAGACAAAAUACAAAAGGCCACAAAGGUCAAAUGUAAACGUGAAGAAUCUCUAACAAAACAGUCAAUAUUUGUGGAAUAUAGUCUUUUCUAGAAGAAGCAUUUGAGUUUUGCUGGAGCUUAUUGGCAGAUAAACACAACAAUUUACCAAAAUCGACCAUAACACUCGUAAAAUGGGACAAAUUUAUAUUUGGAACCCCAUGACUACCGGAUUUAUUAUGUAAACAUUGAGUUGCGUCAUCAGCAUGGAAUUUCUGUCGCUGAGUGGCAGACGUUCCUCCACGUGAAACGUCCCAGCGGCGAAGAGCACGGAGAAACGGAUGUUUUCGCAAGCUAGUGUAGUAGAGGCAGUAGUACAGUUAGAACCUAUUUGCAUUCUGACGUGUUCAUUGCAUUUGGUUCUUUUUUUUCUUAUCUGGAGCAUUACUUAAUGGUAUUGUUCAAUGCCCUGACAUUAAGUGAAAUCAAAUGGUGUCAUUAAUAUUAUUAUUGCAUGAGAAGACAUUUGCCUUUUGAACUGUGUUUGUGUGCAUGUCUGACGUGGAAGUUUUCUUUAAAAAAGAUAAUAUAUUUAUUUUUUAGGUUAUACCCCAAAAUCAAGCAGUGCAGAGACCAUUGUGGUUGCAAUAGUGGUUAUAGUUCUUGCAGCUGUUAUCAUGACAUCAGUGUUAGUCUACCUCUACAAAUGCAGGAAUCGUGAUAGUCUUAAAUACCAAGCUGCGGGGUUGGAAGAAAAAGAAGUUCCCAAUGUACAGCAUGACCUCACUGGGCUCAAUCUCGAGGAGCUGGUUGGUCAAGGACGGUAUGGCUCUGUGUGGCGUGGCUAUUAUAAAGGGGAGGUUGUUGCUGUGAAAACCUUUCCUCCAGAACACAGGCAAACUUGGAAGAGUGAAAAAGAAGUCUUUGAGACUCAUAUGUCACAUCCAAGUAUUUUGAAGGUAAAAUUUGCUAGCCCUUAGACAGAGCAUGACAUCAAUCUGAAGUGGUGGUUAGUUGUAAAAUGUACACAGUCAUAUUUGUCAUAUUUGUCAAAGCGUGGCGUAAGAGUCGUACGCGCGCUGGCCUGCGUAGCUGGCGGUAUUGUGUGGGUGCGAGAUUAAAGUUUUGGCGGCGGAGCCGUGUUCCGAAAAAAGAAAAUAGGGAUGAGGCGGUUGUAUUUCUCAGAGAUUGUCUCAGUCUUGUGUGUAUUCUGAUGAAACAACGUGGCGUACAUGGUGGAAAAUACCUCUUGAAAACCCUUAGAAGUGGCAUUUUCUGGACUCUAAAUUUAAAAUGUCCCUAGAUGCUUCAGCCCUCAAGAAUUUGCGCUUUUUGGUGCGAGUUCCAAAGCCAGCUACUAUUCAUUAUCAGUCUGCUAUGUUUAAAAACUUUCUGACAGCCCUACUUUUGACCCAGAAAAAGUUGGCAUGUAUAAUUUAUCAAGUGCUUUGGUGCCAAAAAAGUGAUAGAAAUAACUUCUUUUUUUAUAAUGAUAUUUUUAAUUCUUAUUAGUACUUAGAGUGGCAAACGUAUCCCACUCCCAGAGUGCUGAUAUAAGUGCCAGGUUUAAAAAUUGACAACAACACUCUAAAAAACGAAGGCUACAUGCGGCUUUGUUGUUAAACUGACCACACAUGUAGUGGAUAAAUAACUUGUAUAAUAAACCUUUCUUGCAGUUCUAUUUUGCUGCUGAAAGUCAGAAGAGCUACGGGCUUGAAUAUCUGCUUGUUACUGAGUAUCACAGUAAAGGCUCGCUGUUGAAGUUUCUGAAGUGUAACACUGUGACAUGGCAGGAAUUGUGUGUUCUGGGUCGUUCACUGGCUGGGGGACUGGCUUACUUACAUAAUGACGGUAAGUUAUAAACAAUUAGCAGAUGAAGUUUUUGCAAAAUCCAGAAUAAUAGAGGUUGAGGAAAGUGUUAUAAACCAAGCCGAAAGGUCGAGGCUGAUAACACUUACUGAGAGCUUGAUUAUUUGGGAUAUCGCAAAAACCUAAUCAAACGAUAAAAAGUUGUUUUGUUGUACAUUAUUUUGAAGAAAAUAACUCCAAACUCACCUGUGCAGGAAACAGAGUCUGACAGAGUGUGACAUUGCCCUUGGAUGUCAUGCAUUGCAAGCCAAACCUACAGAAUAGUCAGUUAUCUGCUAGCAAAUAACUAGUUCUAGUCUGUAGGUUAUCUGAGAAGACGGAUAGUGCCCAGGCUCAGUGUAUAAUAAUCAAAGUUAUUUAAUAAAUUAUACAGUCUGCAGAGAUCGUCGUGUCCAGUAGGCUGGGGGUGGUGGAUUUUACCGUAACAGGCAAGUAAAGUUUUCUGGGGAAUGCAGAUUACACUUAAAACAAUUUAAGAAUCCAAAAUUCCUAAUAAAUAUAUGGAUACCAAAAGCCCUUUUUCAAGCUCAUCUGACAAAGUGAAAUCUGUGAAAAAAGUACCAACUCAAGUAUAAAACUACUUGUCAGACUAGAUGUUGUGAUCCCCAUAAUCUUUGGGUAAAAACGAUUAAAAACACCUGAGAAGCCUGUCAUUUGAUGCCUUUCCCCUCCAUUUACACAAAUAAUGCUAUUGUGGUUAAGAAUUUCUGUGGGUACAAUUUCAAAAGAGUACCCACAAUGGAUCUGAGAUUUUGAAUCUUAUCCUGAAUUUUUCUGGGGUUCCUGUCCUAAAAUGUCACUGUAUUUCAUUAGUGUCCAAUAAAAUUGAAAGUUUCCUUUAAUAACUAUCUUUUUGCUUUUUGUCAGAUGACCACCAGACAAAGCCUUGUUUUGUUCAUCGUGAUGUGAGCAGCAAGAAUGUUUUGGUCAGCUUAGGCCUCACUUGUGUGUUGUCAGAUUUUGGGUUUGCCAUGAAGCUACCAGAAGCUGGAUCAGCCAGAUCCAGUGAAGACAUAAUUACUGAGGUAUUACAUUAUUGUUGAAUGUUCUUUUCAAGGGGUGGGUCCUUUCUUGAGAAAAGCUUUGCUUUACAGCAAGCAGCAUUUUUUCCUGUACAGUCAGUUCUCUUAUUCUCUUAUAACACAAUACUGUAAUUUUUACAAUCUCAAAAUCUCUGGAGAAUUUUGUUAGGUUCAGAUGGACUUUAAAGCUCAGAGAAGGGUCAUUGUCAGCUUUGUUAUUUCUCACUGGGAGAAUAACAUGUUCUCUGGAGUAAGCUUCAAGAGUUUGGCAACUCUCUUAGGGUGCAAAGAAAGUCAGUUUUACAGCCUGCCAUUUAGGCAAGCUUUAGUUAGCAUGUACUUGCCCACAAGUCAUUAACUUUCAACUAGCCCCCAAACCCUUUUGAUUAGCAGGAUUGAUUGCAAUCCUUCUGUAAUUUGAAUUUUCCCAAAAAUAGCACCUGCCCAUUGAGCAAGUUAAGAACAAAAACUACUAGCCCGACAGCAAAAUCCACUAGCCUGGGCUAUUGGACAUGACUUUCUUUGAACGCUGUCUCUGAAAUCAAUUAACAAGCUUUUAUGACUUGAGGAAUUUGAAAAUUGUGACCUUCUCCAGGAAAACGUACACUAACGGUCUUCCGUUUAACAGGUAAAAACUAACGGCUAACGAACGGCUUGUUAACGGCUUUUCUAACGCCCUUAACGGGUUGGCUAACGGUUUGAACGUGUAGGCGAAAAAAUCUAACGACCUACAAAAGCGUUCGAACGGAUUUGCUUUGAUUUUCCUAACGACUUUUUUGAACGUUUCUAACGGGCUGACUAACGGCUUCAAGAAACAAUCAUCUAACGGUCUAAGAGAACGUUUGAUAAAAAUCAAACGUUUCGAGUGAUAACAGCUCAAAGACUAUAAAACAUUAUGCUUGGCGAUGAAAUCAGUUGUACCUGUCUGACAUUUCAAAUCAUCUGAGUCGUCAAUAAAACUCGGGAGACAGACAAGACAUAAAAUUCAGUUAAAAACCCAAUCUUUAAAAAUUGUUUAUUACUCACCAACGUUCGUCCAAGUGAUGGACCAAAAGUCGCAAUGUUACUUCUGUUUCUCGAAUACUACAUGUAGUACGCAAACAUUCACGUGCAUGAGUUCAAGUUUUCGCGCUCCUGUCUCGCUGUGGCGUUUUGAAAAUAAGCAAGAGCUUUUCUAGAAAGUAAAUUAUAAAAAUUGAUACAUUUUCCCUGUUCUUGAUCAUAUCUUGACCAAAAAAGCGAAUUUUUACCGCUUCUUGGUUGAUUGCUGCGUUUUAGUUCGAUCGAUCCUGACGAUGUCGCCGUUCAAGUGCAGCAUUGUCAUAGCAACCACUUGCUCAGUCCCAGUCCUUUGAUGUCAUACAGGUAUUCUCAUUAAAAUGUAUUUCCCACGUUUGUCCCACGGAACUUAAAAAACACAGACAAAAAUUAUCCACUUAUUUUAUUUAUUGCUACGAUACCUAACAUUACAAGUCUGAGAGAAAAUCUAAUGGAAAACGGCUUUCAUCCUAUAACUUGAAGAUUCGUACGCUCAACUACAAUUUAUUCGACAUGAUAGUUAUCUUUGUGAAAAUGUGUAAACUGAGAUCGUGUGAAGUGUCCAACAGAAGAAAUGGUUUACUGGCGCCUCCAGGUAAAUAAUCAGAAAACCUAUUCGCUUACAUGUUGCUAUUAAUAGUUUGUUACGUACGUAUGUAAAUGCUCGUGUGUUCAAGUGCGCGAAUGUAGCCUGAACGACAAACGCAUGAAAGUGUGAGAAAACGUAUGUGUUGCAGGUUUUAACCGAGUACAGAUUGGGCGAUAAUCAAACGAAUGUAGAGCGAUAACCCAACGAUUAUAAUUUCAAAGGACAUAAAACAGAAUAAUCAAAAGAACUUCACUCAUUAAACGUUCUGGAAUGCAAAUCUAACGACUUUGCCGAACGACUUGAACGUCCUGGAACGAAAUUUCGAACGACUUUUUCUAACGUUUUGAACGACCUUGACUAACGCCUUUAACGGUUUCUCUAACGCUUCUAACGGCAAGGCAAAUUUUUCUAACGGUUUUACUAACGGCUUGAACGCUUUCCCAAGCCAUUGUAACGCUUAGUUAACGGGUUGUUAACGCUUUAAGCCGUUAAACGGUAAACCGUUAGUGUACGUUUUCCUGGAGAAGGUCACAAUUGUAUAGUAAUUCAGUUUUUUUUCCCAGGUUGGAACCCUUCGCUACAUGGCUCCAGAAGUGUUGGAUGGUGCUUUGAAUUUGCGGGAAUGUGAGGCUUCAUUGAAAGAAAUUGAUGUUUAUGCCAUGUCCAUUGUUCUCUGGGAGAUAGCUAUGAGAUGCUCUGAUAUUUAUGGACGUGAGUAAAUAAUGUACAAGCACAAAUUGGAUUUUGACAUAAUGGUCUUUCCAGCUAGAAGAUGUUAGUCUUUUUACAACUUGUGCCAACUCUUUGUGCAAACUAUUGUUUGAGCCCAAAAUUGUCCCUUUGCUGUUCCUUUGAUGAAACAAGAACGGUGAUCACCCUUUUUUAAGUGGUUUUUAUUCGUUAUAACUACACAAAGAAUAUAAAAUCUUAAAGAUGGUGGAAGUUGUAUUAUUUAAAUGUGCAUGACUUGAAAUUCCACAUUAAGAGCCAAAGAGAUGUAAUGAGUUAAUGUCAAAUUUUUUUCUGCACGUUUUACAAGAUCGGAUAAUUUCAAGUCAUCAUAUUUCUUAGUUAAGUUAAAUAUUGUUCUCAAAGAUAUUACCUCAAUAGAUCUAUGCACAUUGGUAAUUCAAGUUAGUUAAAAGUCUCUGUUUGUAUGUUGGUAGAACCUCAAUAUAAUGAAUGGCUAAGGAACUGGAAACUGUGUUUGCUAUAAUGAGGGUUUGUGACACCAAGGUUCCACUGUAUAUGCACGUAUGACCAAAGCAUUAUUUGUGAAAGCAGCCUUUAUCACUUGACACCAUGUCAAAAAGACAAUAAUGUGCAUCACAGGGUUGUCAAAAGUAGUCGGCUGCCAGCGAAAAUUGCCGCCUACUUGGUUAGUAUCGGCUUGCUACUCUGCUUGGCAUUUCUUUGCAGAUGGCGUUAUUUAAAUAAAAUAUCCAUCUUCUGAAAACUAUAGCAAGUGUUUAUGUGCCACUCACAGUUAAAUUUAAUGCCUACACUCAGUAAUUUACCUUAUAACUCACUUUAGAUUUUCAGUAAUUUUGGAGAGAAAAUAGCCUGGAGAUUACAGAAAAUAGCAUUUCAGAGCUAAAUAUAAAAAUUUUCUGGUGGAGCAUGCCCCCAGAGGUUUGUGCCUUAGGUGCUUGGCAGCACCUCCAGCACUGGCUGCUUGCUUUGGCAACUGAGCCGUCUACUCCAAAACUUUCUGACAAACCUGCAUCAUUAGUUGCUCUUUUUUGGUUGCGGCAGUUAUCGCUGCCUUACAAACUUGUGAUGGCUGUUAACAGUUUGCUGUUUUGAUUCCCUUGUUUAGGGGAACCAGUGCCAGACUACAAGCCACCAUAUGAGGCUGAACUUGGAGCAUCAAUCACUAGUGAGCACAUAAGAGAGUUUGUAGCACGGCAGAAACAAAGGCCAGGCUUCCCAGAUGUGUGGAAGAAUAAUCACCCUGUGAGUUUUUUUGCAUUUUCGUUCAAUUAAACCAGUAACUCCUAUUAUUAAAAACUGAAUCCUUGGAUAAUGUAAUUCUAGAGCUCUGAUUGGCUUAGCCAUCGUGGAUAUGAAAAUCGGUUGUUUUUACAAAUAAACUCGGGAAGAAUUCUCGAUAUUUUGUGGGCAUUUUUAAUAAAACAAUUCCACUCGCACUUGUUGGAUAUGACAUAAUUAUAGCCAACUCAUAUCCAAUGCACUCGUGGAAUAAUUAUAUUGUUAAUUAUCAUUUGAUGCAAUUUUUUUCCUUUUCAUUGGCCGAAAGGCCACCACGUGACCAGCAAAUAACUGCCUACAAAUAGUGGUCUGCUCAUGCUCAGUGUCACCCAACUGUGUUUGGCUGCAAAUAAUAUUGUGCUGAUGAUGCGUAAAUGCGAUUGCUCUUGCAUGAAAGUGGCAAAUCACUUCAUUUAUCCGAAGAUAUUCAUUAAAAAAACAAACUCAUGAUCGAAUGAUAAAAACAAUAAUUUAUCAUUAAUUUGGUUAUCGCAAAAUAUUGUGAUUUGUCAGUGUCUUGCAGAUCAAUUAAUAUUUUGUCUAAGACUUUGGCUUCGUCAACAAAUCACAAUAUUUUGCUCAACCUCAUCCAAUUGUUAAAUAUUGGCCAAAGAAAAAUUUCACAAAAAAAUCAAAUUUCUUGUUAAGUCCUAUGAAUUGAAUACUACUAUGCAAAAAUUCCACUGAAAGGGUUCCUUUCUUUUAUCCUCAGACUUCAGAGUUAGAUCUUGCCAUAAUGUGUUCUAGGAGUUGAAAAAUUAAGAUACAACUGGUUCUUUGUAAUAUGCUUAAUAUAAUAUUAUUAUUCUUGAAGUGAGAAAACUUUAUAACACUUGCAUUUAACUGUACAUGAUUUAUGCACAUUGUAUUAAUUUUGUAUCAAUAACUUUGGGAGGUAUUUUUGGAAUGCAAAUCAAGUCAUAAUUCUGGUUAACAUUUUCAUUUAAUUGGUAUGUGAAAUUUUGCCCCAAGAAUCAAUUCUGGGGUUUUGUUACUUUUGGAGGGUCAUUACUUUGGAGAUCUAAAAGCUUGUAUCAAUUUUUCACGCUAUUAACAUUAUCUUGGGGUCAUUGCUUUCAGCUGUUUCUUUUGCAUUAAUUUGUAGAGCGCAAGUAAUAAUCACUAGUCUCUCUGAAAUUAAGUUAUUUUUAUUGGGCUGCCUGUGGCACCCAGUCUAAAAAUGUGCGGCAUCAUCUGUGCAGCAAAAAGACAAAAUGGCUGAAGGAUCAUGUUUCCCGCCCCCCCUUACAAUGGAGCACCUUUUUUAAUUAAUGAGGGGAGGGUGGGUCAUUUCAAAACAAAAAAUCUUGAAUGUCUCUGGAGCUAUCUUAUGGCCCUCUUUUCAAUGCCUUUUUCAAAAUGGUCUACUUAAUAAAUGCUUUUUCUCAAAAGUCACUCCAUACAAGGAAGGACUUGUCAUUUGUAGAUCGUCAUGUCAAAUAGAAACACAUUCACCUGGAUAGUCAGAAAUUGGCUUUUAAUGCAAUCAGACCAAACAAAACUUAAAUUUAAUUUGCUAGACCAAAAGUUCACCCUGUCACAGUUUGUAAGCAUAGAACAACAAUAAUUUGUGGAAUUCCAGUUAGAUCAAACUAGUCACGUUAUACUGUCAUGCUAUAUUUUGGUGGCAGCGUCGAGGGAAUGCCAAUCAUUUCUUUUUUCCAAAGGCUAAGUUGCCUAUUUUUGUUCACUGGUAGAAGUAAUUUACUAUACACCCCUGACUAAAAAAAAUGUCAUGUGCGGCAGACCAAUGUAGCCCCCUUAUGAGGGUCUUGUUUUCUCUCAAUUCUCGUUGUUUACUGAAGUGGAAAUAAACUGGGCCUCUUGAGGAGUCCUUUUUAAUUACUGUACAGAUUUAAUCCUCACCUUAAAGUAACAAAUAUGAUAUUUCAUUAAAGGGACUAAGGACACUGAAGGAGACCAUUGAGGAUUGCUGGGACCAAGAUGGUGAUGCUCGUUUAUCAGCACUUUGUGUCCAAGAACGUUUCUCUGAGUUACUCAAGGACUACCCUGAUGGCCUAUGCACCACCCCAUCAAACAACCCUGUGCAGAAAAUCGUCCAGAACUAUCCCACAUCAAAUCCAUCAAUGGGUUUUGGUAACCCUGUGCCAAGUGUACCUCCGCUUGUUAUUCAAGGCAGGUCUGAUAAAUUUUCUAGUCAAAGCCAUAAUACAACAACUGUUUGAUAGCAAGCAGUAUUGAUCAGCAGAAAACAAUGUACUUUAUUGAAAACACCUUGCUCCAUUACUAUAAUAUAAAUAGAUAUUAAAAUAGUUUUAAAAAAUCACUGUAUGCAUGAGCUUACUCCUGCUCAAGAAAAGUAGACAUCAGACAUCAUGGACAACAUCAGGCAGAGUUUGAGUGGGCUGAACAUCACACAUCAGCAAUAUAUUUAGAUUAGUGUAACAAUCUCCAGACAAGUGCCUCCUUUAAGUCUAUACAUACCUCAAGUUGAGAGCAAGAUAGAUCAAGCAAGUUAUUCCUUAAUAUAUUAUUAUUAGCAAUGAUUUAUUAUUGUAUACCUGCCAAGUGUCAUGUCUGUGGAUCAUAAACUUUGAUCUCACGCCUACUCAUGCCUGUGUUCCAGUUUCUCAAGCCUGGGAGAAAAGUUUGGGCCAUUACAGCGUCAACUGACACAUUUUGAAAAAUAUAUUAGUCAUUUAAAGAAACUGGAAACAGUGAGAGAAAAGAAAAGUCCAUGUGAAUGAUCGCCUUACUCUGAAUACUCUUAAUUUAGCUACGGAAAUUCAAUGGAGAGGAGGUUGUUUUCCUUUGUGUUCGUGUUAGACAAAACUCUUUGGAAAGUCUUCAGAACGUCUUCGGACAUCUUCGGAAAUUAUCGGACCCCUAUGAAUAAUACUGGCACUGUCAAGUCUGUAAAUUGAAAAACGUUGGCAGGUAUAUUAUUGAAUUCAGCUUUCCUAUGAUCUGAGGAAUAUUAAUUUUUAUUAUGGAGAUCAAAGAGGUUGUUGUUCGCCUCCAAGAUCUGCAAAAUUCUUCAGAUCAUACAAAAGCCGAAUACAGUUAUGAUUUAUUAUUCAUUCAAAAUGUUUUGUUGCUUGAUAACAAGCUAAAACUUGCUUACCUUGCCUAUUUCUUAGCAAGUUAAGGAUAUAAAUGGAUGUUUAGUCUAGCAGAGAUUGUUCAAAUAGCAGAUGUCAUCCAUCGAGUUGUAUUCUCGCUGUUCUGGCUAUAUUUUAAGACAGUACAGUUUGGCUGUUUUUUCUUUGUGAGAUGUGAAAUGUUCCACCAUUUUCAACAGCACCACACUACCAAAACAUGUCUCCAGCGCCUAUUGGUUUCUGUCCCUUUUUCUGGCAAUUACUCUGUUCUAUAGAGUCCCUAAGUGUGACGUCAUAAAAAAAUUAAAUUUGUGAAGGUGUGGUAUUUUUCAGGGUAUUAUGAAAGAACAACAUCGAAAAGGCCUUCUUGCCAAAAAUUAGCUUACCAGGGCAAAUUGUCUUUGAGAUAUUAGCCCAGUUAUGAUCUGAUGAUUCAUACAAAUCCCUCUAAAUUUGACUCAGUUCAAAACAUUAGGAACCAAGUCAAAUUUAGUAUCUCUGAGACAAUUUGCCCCACAAUGCUAGUUUUGGGCUAGUAGGCAUUGCAGAUGUUGUUCUUUCAAAAUAUCAAAACAAAUCCCAUAAUUUGAAAAAUUUAAUGUUUAUUACGUCAUCACUUUAGAACUCUAUUGAUGUCAUUUUACGGAUAUCACAAUUGUCUUCCAAAUUUGGUCAAUGCUAGCUGGAACAAUCAACAAUGAGGUUUGAACCAAUCAGAAAAUUAUGGAGAAAUACUUUGAAUGAAUGAUGAUUUAUUAUGCUGUUAAAGUAAUUCAUGGUAAAUCAAUCUGCUAAGAAUGACUUGCUUGUUUAUUAUUGUUGUGCUCAACUAUUAUAUUAUUAAUGUCAAGGUAAAGAUCAUUAUCACAAUAUGUUUAAGAUAACCAAACGCUCAAAUUGAAAGUGUAUAAUUAUAAUGUAAUUUUAAUGCUGUACUUUUAGUAGAAGUUGCUCGGAAGAAUUGCGCUUUCUGUUUUAUAAAUCGUGCAAUUUAUUUCCCAUUACCCCUGUGAGCAAAGGUUUCUCUUUUUUGCAUAGCUUUUAGCAUUGACGAAGUUGUUGGCUAGGCUUGUCUGUCCUGUUGGUUUGCUUAUGCCUCGUGAGCUUAAACAAACCUCCUAGGCGACAGACAAGCCAUGUGAAGGAAAUUAGAAACACUUAAAGCUGUGCAAGAGAGAAACGGUAUUUCCUGUUAAUAUUUUUAUGACCAGUAGAGAAAGUGACAAAAUGUGGGAAUUUUUUAUUAUUUGUCCUCAUUUUAACCUUGCCAUGUGAAUAAUCUAGUAAAGGUUCUUUUGUGUUAUUCAUUUUGUAAAGUUAUUAACCAACCUGACACACAGGUCAAAGUCGAUGCCAUAGUUAAUUUCUAUGGCCCUUUGUUACCGUACAUGUAUGAGACCUUCUGAAAGGGUAGAAACAACAGGCAACAUGGUCCCAAAAAACUGGCCAAAAUCUUCUCAGAAAGCACUGACAAUCAACAGAAGAGGAGGAGAGAAUUGUGAUGAGCAACAAUUCAUUAGUUAUGCAUUUUGGCUUUUUCGGCAGCAAAAAAUUUCCCCUCCAUUAUUUCCACAGUUUUUGCUAUUAUCUUUGGAACGUUUUCUUGUAGUGUUAUAAUUUUUUCACGAACGGUUCUGCGAGGGAGAAAGAUGAAGAACAAUUCUUUCCUGGCACUAUACCUGUGGUAAAUUCCAAAUUGAUUAUCACAAAAAUUAAUGCCAAACUGACAGCGACAGUUUUUGUCAUAGCUAAAAUGCAACUGUGGCAUUUUUUCCUAACCUACCUUGCGACAGGCAGUCUCAGAAAUGACCAAAAAAGGAAAAGCGUACCUUCCCUCUGCAGUCUCCAGUGACCUACUUGAAAAGCCUCAUUUUUCUCACAGCUAAUAAUUAGCCUGCCGCUAACAAAAAACCUUUGGACGAGUACCUAUGGUACUUUUUCUUUUUAAAUUUGAAGUCAAAAUAGUGUGAAAGAAGAGGAUCAAGGUUUUGAUAAUUUUCAAACGAAACCAAUUGCAUCCAUAGUUGUUACUAUGU